CACUUCUUCUUCAUACAACAAUCACCUCUGACUUACUUUACUUACUUCUUAAUAUCAUAGUGUCUGCUCCCUACUAGUAUACGACUCUUAUACUAUCCUGGUCUACUCCCUCUCUUCUGACUUCCUCAUUUGUUCUGCUUCAUGCCAGCGUUGAGAUCAUCCCCCGCAUCAACGCUGGUUCCGAGUGGCGGUUGAUCCACCCUCCAAACUAAAGGAGUCGCCAAGAGAGAUACAUAUCUAGAACGAGUACACCUACUUCGAUCCAAAACCCCCCCGAACUACAGCAACAUGGCUCCUGGAAUACUCAGCUCAUCACCGCCGACCGUGCCUUCCAAGGCCGUUUCUUUGGCCCAGCUCACAGAAGAGUGGGAUGACACUAUCCGCUUCUACCUGAAUGGCACCAAAGUGACCCUUGACUCGAUUAACCCCGAAACCACCUUGUUGGAAUACCUCCGCGGGAUCGGUCUAACGGGGACAAAGCUGGGAUGUGCCGAAGGAGGCUGUGGCGCUUGUACUGUUGUGGUUUCACAUAUCAAUUUCACAACGAAGAAACUAUACCAUGCGUCAGUAAAUGCCUGCCUUGCCCCGUUGAUUAGCGUGGAUGGGAAGCAUGUCGUCACUGUAGAGGGCAUUGGAGAUGUGAAGAAUCCCCAUGCGAUCCAGCAACGACUCGCGGUCGGUAACGGUAGUCAGUGUGGAUUUUGCACACCUGGUAUUGUGAUGAGCCUUUACGCCCUUCUGCGCAAUAGCCCUGAGCCAUCGGAACAUGACGUGGAGGAGGCAUUUGAUGGAAACCUCUGCCGUUGCACUGGAUAUAGACCCAUUCUGGAUGCAGCUCAAAGCUUUUCUGCACCUAAAGGCUGCGGAAGGUCUUCUGUCAACGGAGGGUCGGGGUGUUGCAUGGAGAAAACCGGUGGUUCUGGAGGAUGCUGCAAGCAAACCUCCGUCGAGCCUAUCAAGGACGACAAGACACAGACAUUCUCGCCGCCUGAGUUCAUUGAAUAUAGGCCUGAUACGGAGCUCAUCUUCCCGCCUUCUCUGCGAAAGCACCAGUUCCGCGCUUUGGCUCUUGGGAACAAGAAAAAGAAAUGGUAUCGCCCUGUUACUGUGGAUCAGCUUUUGGAAAUCAAAGCUGUACACCCUGACGCAAAGAUUAUUGGAGGAAGCACAGAAACGCAAAUUGAGAUCAAGUUCAAGGCUAUGAAAUACCGUGCCUCUGUUUAUGUCGGCGACAUUCCGGAACUACGUCAGUACACACUACGGGACGACUGUCUGGAACUCGGAGCCAAUGUUUCCUUAACCGAUCUCGAGAGAAUCUGUGACGAAGCGCUCGGUCGGUAUGGUGCCGCGCGUGGGCAGCCGUUCAACGCUAUCAAGAAGCAACUUCGUUAUUUUGCCGGAAGACAAAUCAGGAAUGUUGCCUCUCCAGCGGGCAACUUGGCUACGGCGUCGCCGAUUUCUGACCUCAACCCAGUGUUCGUGGCCACGAGGUCAACUCUCGUGGCCAAAACACUAGGCCAGACCAUCGAGAUACCGAUGGAUCAAUUUUUCAAAGGUUACAGAACGACUGCUCUCCCUCAGAAUGCCAUCAUCGCUGCAUUGCGCAUUCCGCUCGCAGCCGAGGAGGGUGAAUACAUCCGGGCAUACAAACAGUCUAAGCGAAAGGACGACGAUAUUGCUAUUGUCAAUGCUGCUCUACGUGUCUCUCUUUCAGACUCACACACGGUCAAGAAUGUAAACCUCGUCUUCGGUGGUCUCGCGCCGAUGACUGUGUCCGCCCGAAACGCGGAGGCAUUCUUGGUUGGCAAAAAGUUCACUAGUCCCGCAACACUCGAGGGUACCAUGGCUGCCCUGGAACAGGACUUUGAUUUGAAGUUCGGAGUUCCGGGAGGAAUGGCGACGUACCGUAAAUCUCUUGCCUUGGGCUUCUUCUACCGGUUCUAUCACGAUAUCUUAUCUAAGCUUGAGGUGAAGAGUGCGGACAUCGAUGACGACGUCAUUGCUGAGAUCGAACGAGCCAUUUCGACAGGAGAAAAGGACCACGAAGCUUCUGCGGCAUAUCAACAAAAGAUCCUUGGAAGGGCUGGUCCCCAUUUCUCUGCCUUGAAGCAGGCUACGGGAGAGGCUCAGUACACAGAUGACAUUCCCAUUUAUCAGAACGAGCUCUAUGGCUGCAUGGUACUAUCAACCAAGGCGCAUGCUAAGUUACUCAAUGUUGAUCCGAGCGACGCGUUGGAUAUACCCGGGGUCGUUGACUAUGUGGAUCACACCGAUCUUCCCACUCCAGAAGCGAAUUUCUGGGGAGCACCAAAUGCUGACGAGCUUUUCUUCGCCGUGGACGAGGUCAACACCGCCGGUCAGCCUAUCGGUAUGAUACUGGCAACAUCUGCCAAGAUCGCCGAGGAAGCUGCUCGGGCCGUCAAGGUGGAGUACGAGGACUUGCCAAUGAUUCUAUCGAUCGAAGAAGCCAUCGAGGCCAAAUCAUUCUUUGAGCAUUACCGUUACAUUCAAUCUGGUGAUGUAGAGAGUGCAUUCGAGAAGGCAGCGCAUGUGUUCACUGGUGAAUCGAAGAUGGGCGGGCAGGAGCAUUUCUACCUUGAAACGCAGGCCUGCGUUGCCAUACCGAAGAACGAAGAUGGGGAGAUGGAGAUUUGGAGUGGAACCCAGAACCCCACAGAAACACAAUCUUAUGUUGCCCAGGUUACGGGUGUAGCGGCUAACAAGAUUGUAUCCCGGGUAAAGCGGCUUGGUGGUGGCUUUGGUGGAAAGGAGACUCGGUCAGUCCAGCUGGCUGGUAUCUGCGCGACGGCCGCGGCGAAGUUGAAGCGCCCAGUUCGGUGCAUGCUCAACCGCGACGAAGACAUUAUUUCCUCGGGUCAGCGUCAUCCCUUUUACUGUCGUUGGAAAGUUGCCGUAACGGAAGAUGGCAAGCUACUAGCCCUCGACGCUGAUGUCUAUGCCAACGGCGGCCACACGCAAGAUCUCUCCGGGGCUGUCGUGGAGAGAAGUCUGUCACAUAUUGACGGUGUAUACCGUUUCCCGAACGUUUACGUUCGCGGCCAUAUUUGCAAGACUAAUACUGUCUCGAAUACGGCCUUCCGCGGGUUUGGGGGCCCGCAAGGCAUGUUCUUUGCCGAGAGCAUUAUGGAAGAAGUGGCAGAUCACUUGAAUAUUCCUGUCGAAGAAUUCCGCCUCCAGAACAUGUACAAGCCAGGUGACAAGACACACUACAACCAAGAACUCAAAGACUGGCACGUGCCGUUGAUGUACAACCAGGUUCUCGAGGAGAGCUCUUACGCAGAGCGUCGAAAGGCUGUGACGGAGUAUAACAAGGAACACAAGUGGUCCAAGCGCGGGUUGGCGAUUAUCCCCACGAAGUUUGGUAUCUCAUUCACAGCGCUGUUCUUGAACCAGGCAGGCGCCCUAGUGCACAUCUACCACGAUGGGAGCGUCCUCGUCGCCCACGGCGGAGUGGAGAUGGGCCAGGGUCUACACACCAAGAUGACAAUGAUCGCCGCCGAAGCACUGGGCGUGCCUCAAUCCACUGUCUUCAUUUCCGAGACCGCCACAAAUACCGUGGCCAACACCUCCUCCACCGCCGCUUCUGCCAGCUCUGAUCUGAACGGGUAUGCCAUCUUUAACGCCUGCGAACAGCUCAACGAGCGUCUCAAACCCUACCGAGAGAAGAUGCCUGGGGCCACGAUGAAAGAACUCGCGCACGCCGCGUACUUUGACCGAGUCAACCUUUCCGCGCAAGGGUACUACCGUACCCCGGACAUUGGCUAUGUCUGGGGCCAGAACACCGGUCAGAUGUUCUUCUACUUCACGCAGGGCGUGACUGCCGCCGAGGUGCAGCUCGACACUCUCACCGGAGACUGGACCCCGCUGCGCGCCGACAUCAAAAUGGACGUCGGCCGCACCAUCAACCCGGCCAUCGACUACGGCCAGAUUGAGGGCGCCUUCAUCCAGGGCCAGGGCUUGUUCACCACCGAGGAGAGCCUGUGGCACCGUGCCUCGGGCCAGAUCUUCACCAAGGGGCCCGGCAACUACAAGAUCCCGGGCUUCCGGGACAUCCCGCAGGUGUUCAAUGUCAGUCUGCUCAAGGACGUCGAGUGGGAAAACCUGCGCACCAUCCAGCGGUCCCGCGGGGUCGGUGAGCCCCCCCUGUUCAUGGGCAGCGCGGUCUUCUUCGCUAUUCGCGACGCACUCAAGGCGGCCCGACGCCAGUGGAACUUGCAUGAGGUCUUGCGACUGGAGAGCCCGGCCACGCCCGAGAGGAUCCGUGUGAGCUGUGCAGACCCGAUCAUCGAGAGGGUGCGUGUGGUUCCGCAGGCGGGGGAGAAGAGCUUCUUUAUUGCAAUCUGAUCUGGCGGUCAGGAAUUUCGGUAGUAGUAUAUGUGGUAUAUCAUGAAUCUUACGACAUGCGCGCACUUGAUAAUUCUACCUGACACAUAUUUAGCUAGCAUCGUCCUUUAUGAAGUAGAAUACUUCCGGAUUUCUCUCAAUUGGAAAACCUGCAACCACGUUC